UGCUCCUAGGGCGCAUGCGAACUGAGGCCCAAAGGGGAAAGCCUUCCACACAGAUCUAAGCCAGCUGCCCUGCUCUAAACACUCCAUUGCAAGAAGAGUAGAAGAAAGAAGCGACCUGCAUGCAUCCCCCCUACCAGUGUGCUCAAAGUACACUGGCAAAGCAGCUGCCAGCUCUACAAACGGCAGACAAGCGUCUACAAAUUGUAGAUUUCGAUCUUGCAUAGGAGUCCGUAGAAGUGUUACUGCUUCAAAUUCUCAGGACUCAAAGGGCACUUGCUGCCCUGAGAGGGGGGCCUUUCAAGUAAGCUGACCUCUGAGGUUAAGCAGAAUCAGUUUGUGUGGAGGAGGGUAAGAGGGUACAGGCAGCAGUUAGCAGGAGGUGAGAGGCCACGGUGAACUGCUGCACUUCUCAAGAAGGAGACGACGUCCCUAACCCUGAUGGCCACGGGAGGAAUCACAACACUUCCCGCUACACCUGAAGACGGCGGCAGCAGCGGUUUUCCUCCUGGGAACUUCAAGGACCCUAAAAGGCUGUACUGUAAAAAUGGUGGCUUCUUCUUGAGGAUAAAAUCUGAUGGAGGAGUGGAUGGAAUACGAGAGAAAAACGACCCCCACAUAAAGCUUCAACUCCAGGCGACCUCAGUGGGAGAAGUGGUCAUCAAAGGGAUUUGUGCAAACCGAUAUCUGGCAAUGAACAGAGACGGACGACUGUUUGGAGCGAGAAGAGCAACAGAUGAGUGCUACUUCUUAGAGCGGCUCGAGAGCAACAACUACAACACCUACCGCUCCAGGAAGUACCCAAACAUGUACGUGGCGCUGAAGCGGACUGGCCAGUACAAGUCUGGAAGCAAAACUGGACCGGGUCAAAAGGCAAUUCUCUUUCUCCCAAUGUCUGCUAAAUGCUAAUCUGGGCUCAGAGUGAGAGAUACUGAUGUCUGAAUGAAAAGAUGUGACGGCAAUGAAGCAAGCCAUCAGCAUUGCCCAAAAUAGCUGUGAAGCUUUACUGUUAGAUCCUAACAGUUAUUAUUUUAUCAUAAACAUGUCUGCAAUUAUUCAGCUUCACUUUAAAAUUAGCACCAUAUAGUCAUACCUUUUAUUAUAUUAUAAUAUUAUUAUUACUAUUAUUAUUAACCAGAAUUUUACUGUAGACCAACCAACUGGAGCCAGCUGCCUAGUGCAUCUCAGUUAAACAGCAGUACAACACAGUGGGUUUUUAAAAAAAAAAUUAACAUAGCUCUCUCUCCAUAAGGAUUCAAAACAGCUAUCUGCUUAACCUUAACCUAAUGAAAGUCUAAGUUGGAGUCUGGGUUUAAGUGCAGGGUGUUGGUAAUAUACUGCAUAUUUGAGUGUUUUCAUAAAUAAGAAAACACGUUUAAAUCCCACAAUAAUCUAACUGUAUUAUAGAAGUCUGAAAAAUAUAAAAUUUGAAUUAAAAGAAGAAGAAACACUAAAAGCAAAACCCAAGCAUUUCUUCUCCUUUUGAACACGUAGGACUUGGACUGUUAAAUAGAUAAGUGUUGACUUGGUGAAUUGUUGUAUUAUUGGCUGUUGAUUGUGCUUGUUCGGCAAGAAACACAACCUUUAAAUCCCAGCACAACAUUUUAAAGACAUUGCUUUGCCUUGUCAUCACCAUAUUACUGACUGUGAAAAAGUCAUUUAAAAUCAGCGGUCCCCAACCUUUUUUGCGCCACGGACC